GAUGCGAGUUAUUCGUGAUACCAAUGCAUUGAACUUGAAUCCUCGGGGCCCCUUUUCUGUGAUUCGGCUUAGAAUACUGGUGGUCAAUUUCGAAAUAUCUUUGAUCUAUUCUUCGUGAAACUCUUCCGCGCGCUGGCGGUCUUCUGCUUACUACGGAUCAAUCCCGACAAAAAUAUGCAAUACUGGUAUACUAAUCAGACUCCCUGAAGAAGUCAACAACAGUGCUCGAGUACAUACUCCCCUUUACAGCCUACAAUGCCAUCGCUCCCACAAACGACAUCAGCCAUCGCCUUAACAGCGGCAAUUCCAAUAAUCUACCCGUUCAUCAUGCCACUAUUCAGCAGCAACAAACUACCCGUCGACGGUCGUGUACGCUUCUCACCUUUUCUAGUUAUCGCGUGUGCAGCUUCAGCUAAUGGAGGAUAGCUCGUUGCGAUAACCGGAGGAUCUCAGGGCAUGGGUUUGUCCGUCGCAAAGCUACUAGCUUCGAAGGGCGCGAGUGUAGCGAUCAUCGCGAGGAAUAAGGAGAAAUUGGAUAGGGCAGUUGGUGAAAUUCGGGUGCCGCGGCCCCCUUCAUCUGAUUCUGCUAUGGUGGAGUGGAUCGCUGAUGAAGUGUUAGGAAUCCGCACUGAGGGAGGGACAAAGAUUUAUUGCGGUGAGCGCGGACCUGACGAUAGCUAAUGAGGCACGGAGGGCAUUGGAGGAGAUUAGAGCUUGGGGUGGGGUUCCGGAUAUCGUUUGGACUUGUGCAGGUUUGACUUCAUGACACUGCUCCUUUGAAAUAGAAGGACAAGGCUAAUGGAGUGGCGGCACAUAGGAGAGGCAUUCCCUGGCCUUUUUAAGGACCAGGACGUGCAAUUACUUGAAAAACAAGUCCAAACAAACUAUCUAUCCGUUCUCUGGACUGCACACGUGAUUCUCCCUUCCCCUGCAUCUGACGGACAGAAACUAAACCCCACCUAGGCUGCCCUAAAUAUAAUGACCCAAUCUCCUCUUCCGCCUCAAUCCCCCGAACGUCACCUGAUCUUCACCUCCUCCGUGAUGGCCUUCUAUCCACUAGCCGGAUACAACGCCUACACCCCCUCAAAGGCCGCGAUUCGCUCCCUCGCCGACGGCCUCCGCCAGGAAUGUCACCUUUAUAACAUUGCAGUGCACGCCUGCUUUCCCGGUACCAUAUACUCCCCAGGCUUUGAAAUUGAGCAGCUUACAAAGCCGGAGAUCACCAAGAUUCUCGAGGGUAGCGAUGAGGGGCAGUCGCCGGACGAGGUUGCGAAGCAGUGUGUUAAGAGGCUGGAGAAGGGGCAUGCUCUGGCUGUUAGCAGCUUUAUGGGGGAGACAUUAAGGGCGGCAAGUUGGGGAGCUAGCCCUCGGGGGAAUUGGGUUUGGGAUACGAUUUUUGCGUGGAUCAUUAAUGUGGUUUGGUUGUUCAUGGGACCGGUUAUGGAUUCGGAGGUGGUCAAGUAUAGGAAGAAGAAUGGGGAUGAGGCCUUUUACUCCGCUCCCUAGGAGCCUUGAUGUAGGAGCGUUGAAAUCUUGUGGUCGGGCGUCAUAGUCAUGGUGGUGUGAGCGGGGGGCGUAGUGUGUUUGGGUGGUUAGCUAGAAUUGAUAAUAAUACCUUGC